AUGUUGAACGAAAACGAUGAAUUUAAAAAGUGGUUUAAAAUUCUUUUCAAUGCCUUUCACCGUGAGGAAACAGCAAUAGAAUUUCUUCAUGAUUCUUCACCACCGCAAGAAUUCUUUGAUAUUUUUUCCCCUAUUAAACAUUGUAUAACUAAUACGAAAGUCAUAUAUUAUUGGUCGAAAGAUGACGAAACUAAAAUAAUUCAGCAAGCAAUAGAUUAUAUUGAAAAAAAUUUCCAAACACAAGAAUCGAUUGAAAGUGUACACCGUAGAGAACUUCAAGCUUUUAAGGAUGACGAAAAUCGUCUUAAUUUUCAACAAAGAAUGGAAUGGACACUUCAAAAUGCCAUUCUUGAGGAUAUCAACAAUUUUAUUCCUGGAUUUAAUUACCUCUAUAAAUAUGGGUGGAUGCCUUCCUUGAAUCGUCAAUCAGAUGGCAAAAAUGAUUUAAUCCUUACCAAUGGUAAAGGUAUAUUUGCUAUUGUGGAAACAAAAAGGGUCGAUAAACAUAAUAAAGAUUUAAAAAAAUAUAGAAAAUAUCAUGUUAUCGCUCAAGCAAUACGUUAUAAACGAGCUUUCAUAGAACAAAAUCUUAACAAUCCUGAUAUCAUUGCAGUUGUUGCAGUGGGAAUCACCGAGGAACAUUCGCAAAAAAGAUAUUGGCCUGGACUCUAUGAUGAAAGAGUUUUUAGGGCCUUUAGUUUCAUAAAAUAUGGAAGAUGUGAUUUUUCGGAUCCCGAAGAUGAAGGAUUCUUUUAUGCAUCGAGUAAUUCUUCGAAUUCCAGUCUCAGUCUUGCCGGCAACUAG